CAUUCAAUUCGUUCAAUUCCGAGUAUUUGUCUACAAAUCUAUAAAAAGUUUCAGCAAAAUCUCUUCAACUUUUUAAUCAGAAAAGGGAAAAUGUCUUGCUGUGGAGGAAACUGUGGCUGCGGCUCUGGCUGCAAGUGCGGCAGUGGCUGUGGAGGAUGCAACAUGUACCCUGACAUGAGCUUUGCCGAGAAGACCACAACUGAGACUCUUGUUCUUGGCGUGGCACCCCAGAAAGAGCACUUCGAGGGAUCUGAGAUGGGAGUCGCGGCUGAGAACGGCUGCAAGUGCGGAGACAACUGCACCUGCAACCCUUGCAAUUGUAAAUGAGAGAAAAAGAUAGAUCCAUGGAAGCAGAGAGGCCUUUCUCUUUAACCAAAUAAUUCUAAUAAUCAGUAUGUAUUUGGAGUUAUGUGUGUCUGCUUUCUUAGAAUAAAGCUGCCACGGCUUGUCUAUCAGCAAAUCUUCACCAGGAUUUGCCUGGUAAGGCCAUGGUUGCUUGGCGUGUAGUGUAUAUGAUAUGUAGUGAGGUAAUAGUAUUUACUAGUUUUUAUGAGCGUCUCUGCUGUCUCAGAAUAUCUUACGACUACAUAUAUUUUGUGUAAGAAAGUGAGUCAGUUUUCUAAUGAAUGAACGGAAGCUCCUUUCUCUUUGCUUAAA